UACUGCCUAGCAACUGGGACUUGUUACCCUCCGAUUGCUGGGCCAGAAAGCACGCGAUCCGGCGUGGUCUAGGACACGUUUUCAAUUUUUUUGUUUUGUGGUGGCACUGAUCGAUCUCUUGCGGACGGGGCCGAUGCUGCAGAUUUGAGAAGUGGAAGGCCGAUGCUACUGACACUGCUUUGUUGAGAGGAUACACCUGGUCCGGAGAAAGAUAGGGCAGACAAUGAAAGGGGAAAUAAUAAACUGCCCGGCGCACAAGGAUAUUUACUUUUUGGAAACCAACACGAAAUCCGAGAAUACGAACUUAGCUAAUUUAUUCGCAUCGCCCGCAGGAAGAGAAAUGUUCAAAUACAAACCUCGACCCAAACUUAAACACAAACUUAAUCCAGCACUAGAGUUUUUUAUUCAGAAUAAGUCGGCGAAUUCGUCACUACAAGAUACGAGCCAUAAAGCGACAACAACGGCUGAAAACAAAUGUUCGACGUCUGCCUCUUCGCCGACGGCGGAGGGCUGCAGGAGCAGGAGGAGUAGUAUAGAUCUUUACGAAGAAGCAGCCUCGAUAUUGGGUCUCACCUGUUCACAGACUGAUGACUGCAAAUGUAUAGAAUGUCAGUGCCAUUACUUCGACUUUGAGGAGGAUAUCGACUACCCAGGUGAAUGCGUCGUCGAUCACAGUUCGUCGUGUACCAUUCAAUAACGAAUAAACGAAGGCUGAUUUUACUUUUUUUAAGCAUGGAUUUUAAGUGUUCCACGUCUUUCACGUUAUUUUAAAAAUUUUACGAAAAAGGAAUAUUCUUGUAUUGUAUAUAAAAACACAACUGAUCUGUUUGGACUUGCAACACUCGUUGUUUAUACUGAGAUUGUUCACUUUUUUUAUAUUGUAUCCUUUUGAACAGUCUUUGGUACUAUUGUAAAUACUGUUUGUAACUAUCAACGAUUCUAAAUAUUACUGCUCUCAUUGUUUUAAUAAAGCUUAUUUUCGUC